AUGAAGUAUCCUGCUUUUGAGAAACUGCCAGAUGUCGAGGACUUUCACGGAGAGAAGAUUGCUGAUCCUUACAAAUGGCUAGAAGAACCUGAUAGUGAAAAGACAAAGGAUUUCGUGAACAAGCAGAAUGAAAUCUUCGACGAGUACCGCAAGACACUCACCAACCGUGACCAGCUUCUGUCAAAAAUGCGCGAGCACUACAACUACCCAAAAUACGGCUGCCCGAAGAAGCACGGCAAAUACUACUACUACAGUCACAAUCCUGGUCUUCUUAACCAAAGCAUCAUCUACCAACUGGACUCGCUCGAUGCCGAACCACGAGUUUUCCUCGAUCAAAACAAGCUAUCAGAGGAUGGAACCAGCGCGAUCAGAAUGGCAGCCUGGAAUGACGAUGGUAGCGUUUAUGCUUUUGGUCAGUCUGAUAAAGGAUCCGACUGGGUUACGAUCAAAUUUAAAACUGCCGAAGGCGAGUUGUUGAAGGAUGAAAUCACCAAAGUUAGAUAUUCCUGUCUUGAUUGGACCAAGGACGGCUCUGGAAUCUUUUACAACGCCUACCCAUCCCAAGAAGGCGUAACAGACGGAACUGAAGUCACCGGAAAUGAGAACCAACUCCUCUUCUACCACAAAAUGGGAACUGCUCAAUCAGAAGACAUCCAAAUCGCCGCUUUUCCCGAAGACCCAAAGCUUAUGUCGGGCGCUGAAAUCUCCGACUGCGGCGAGUACAUCCUCCUCGGUAUUCAACGCGGCUGCGAACCAACAAACAAGCUAUGGAUCUACAAAAUUCAAAACGGCGAGAUUCCAAGAACAGAAAACGGCAUCCUUCCUUAUGAAAAAAUCAUUGAUACUUUUGACGCAAAAUAUGAUUAUCUGACCAACAACGGGACGGUGUUUUUCUUCGCCACGACGAAAGAUGCGCCAAGAAAGAAGGUUAUUUCGAUUGAUAUUGCGACCAAAGAAACAAAGGAGAUUAUUCCACAACCAGAAACUGCUAAAUUUGAGUGCGUAGCACCUGUCAAUAAAGAUUAUUUCAUCGUUGAAUUCCUCGAAGACGUCAAGUCCGCCAUGUACAUUUACUCCAUGGAAGGCAAGCAGCUCUGCAAAGUCCCCAUCGACAUCGGAACCAUUGGCACAAUCUCCUGCAAAAGAAAACACGCUGAGAUCUUUUUCUCCUUCACUUCCUUCCUCAGCCCCGGUCAGAUCUUCAAACUCGACAUUUCCGACCCCAGCAAUGCCAAGACCGAGCUCUACAGAGAAACAGUCGUUCCUGGGUUCAAAUCUGGCGACUUUGUCACUGAACAAGUUUUCUAUCAGUCCAAGGAUGGAACGAAGAUUCCCAUGUUUAUCGUCGCGAAGAAGGGAUUUGAAAUGAACGGAAAGAAUCCUUGCUUGCUUUAUGGAUACGGUGGCUUUGAUAUUUCCAUCACUCCUUCUUUCAGUUCUAUCCGCUUGCCAUGGCUGAACAACUUCAACGGUCUCUACUGCAUCGCCAACAUCCGAGGCGGAGGCGAAUAUGGAGAAGAGUGGCACUCUGCCGCGAUCAAGUCCAAGAAACAAACUUCUUACGACGAUUUCCAAGCCGCUGCUGAAUACCUAACGGCUCAACAAUACUCCUCUUCCGACAAUAUUUGCAUCAUGGGCGGCUCUAACGGUGGUCUCCUCGUCGGCGCGUGCCUAAACCAGCGACCAGAGCUCUUUAGCGCCGGUGUUGCCGCUGUUGGAGUUAUGGAUCUGCUCAGAUUUCAUCGAUACACGAUCGGCCAUGCGUGGUGCUCGGACUUUGGCUGCUCUGAUGAUAAAAAGGACUUUGAAUAUUUGAAGAAGCUCUCGCCAACUCACAACAUUCCAAACACCGAAAAGUUCCCAGCUGUUCUCGUCACUACUGCUGAUCACGAUGACAGAGUCGUUCCUCACCAUUCUCUUAAAUAUCUUGCGACUCUUCAGGAGACUUGCACUGACACCAACAGAGUCUUGCUCGGCCGUAUCGAUACAAAAGCUGGACAUGGCUUCGGAAAAUCGACCGAAAUGGUCCUUGAAGAGUACAGCGACACUUUUUCCUUCAUCGCCAAAGAAACUGGUGCUGAGUGGAACGAGUAA